AUGUCCGUUCCUAUCAUGCUUUUCCUAAUUUUCUUUCUUGUCUGCUUUUCUUUCUUUUACUUUUUCUUCUUUUUUCUCUUGGUUUCUUUUUCUUUUUUCUCUUUUCUUUGCACAGAUUUUUACGUUUUCUUUUCUUUGAAUUUUUUUUUCUCUUUCUUUUUUUUUUUCAGACCUUUCUUCUCUCUCUUUCCUUUUCUUUCUUUUUCGCUAGCUUUUCCUUGUCUUUUUUGUUUUGGUUUGCGUAUUUUUUUACAUUUUAUGUUAUUUUUCUUUUUCUCUAUCCUGUUCUUUGAGCCAAGUAUGUUCUCCCUCUCUCUUUUAUUCUUUCUUUCUUUGUUUAUUUCCUCUUCCCUUUUUUCGUUCUUUCUUUCUUUCGUUCUUUCCUUCUUUCUUUCUUUCUUUCUUUCUUUCUUUCUUUCUUUCUUAAUAUUUCGCCUCUUUCUUUCUUUCCUUUUCUUUCUUAUUCUUUUUCAGUCUUUACUUAUCUCAGUGAAAUAUUUAAUUGUCCCUGUCUUUCUUCCUCAUUCGCAUUUUCUUUUUUCUUUCUUUCUUAAUAUUUUGUCACUUUUAGUAUUUCUUCAUUUUUUGUUCUUCUUUCUUUCUUUCUUUCUUUCUUUCUUUCUUUCUUUCUUUCUUUCUUUCUUUCUUUCUUUCUUUCUUUUUUCUUUCUAUAUGAAUGCCUGUUCACUUAUUCUUUCUUUCCUAAUAUUUCAUCUUUAUUUCUCUUUUUAUUUCUAUCUAUCUUUCUUUCUGAUUAUUUUCUCUAUUUUUCAUUUGUUCUUUCUUUCUUUCUUUCUUUCUUUCUUUCUUUCUUUCUUUCUUUCUUUCUUUCUUCCUUUCUUUCGUUUCCGUCUUCGUCUUUUAUCUUCACCGUUUUUUUUCCUUCUUUCUUUCCCUCCCUUGCUUACAUUUUCUUUUCUUUUUCUGGGCUUCAUAUUUUAUUAUUUUCAUUUUAUUUUACGCUUUUCAUUUCUCCCCCUCUUAAAUUCUUUUUUCUUUCUUUUCGUUUCUAUAUCUUUUUUUUCUUUUCUUCUUUCUUCCACAAAUAUAAAAUUGUACUUUUUCUUUCUUUUUUCCUUUCAAAUAUUAAUUUUUUUCUUUUAUUGUUUGUCUCGUUCUUUCAUUCAUAUUCCUUUCUUUUUCUCCUCUUUAUCUUCAUUCAUUUUCUUUCUGCCUUUCUUAUCCUUUUCUCUUUAUUUAUUUCGUUCUUUCUUUCUGUCUCUCAUUCUUUCUUCCUUCCUUUCUUUCUUUCUUUCUUUCUUUCUUUCUUUCUUUCUUUCUUUCUUUCUUUAUAUUGACUCACAUUUUCUUUCUGCCUGCCUUUCUUUCUUUCUAAUGAUUUCUGAAACUAGUUCUUUCUUAUUCACAAAUUUGAAUUUUUUUUUCCGAAUCUUUCCUUUAUUUUUUUCUUCGUUAUAUUCUUUCCAUCUUUCUUUCUUUCCUUCUUUCUUUCUUUCUUUCUUUCUUUCUUUCUUUCUUUACUCUUUCUCCUUUAACAUUUCUGCUUCUUUCUUUCUUUCUUUCCUUCUUUCUUUCUUUCUUUCUUUACUCUUUCUCCUUUAA